GUACGAAUUAGGCCGUGCCCAACAGAAAGGCCCAAAGUAACUCAUUCCGCGUUUGUCCCCAGUUCUUCCCGAAUUCGGUCUUUCUCCGCGUCUCUCUCUCUGCGCGCCAGAUCUUCGAAAAUCCAUCGAUGGCGGCGAACACCGCAUCUUCCUCGCCACCUAUACCUUUCCCACCUUCAAAUGGCGGCGGCGAUCAAAUGGCUCUGCCCAACGCUCAAAACCCUAGCCUCUCCUCUCCUUCGAUUGCCCCCUCCCCUCCCUCCAUCGAUCUCCCCCAGAUCUCUUCCCCUCAGCUCGCCCACUCCCAGCCCCAGAUCACUCCCACUGGAACAUUAGAUUUCUCGACGAAGCCGUUGGCAACAACUCAGCAACAGCAGAGCAGUACUUUGUCACCGAGCUCCAACUUUCAGAUGCAGCCAGGGCUCCAACGGUCGGGGUCCAUGCAGCGGGUGAACCAAAUACAGCAACAGUUUGGGACUGCUAUAGGGGCCGCCAGCUCCAUGAGACAAGGGGUGUACGGCGGCCAAAUGAGCUUUUCCGGGCAGCAGCAGCAAUUGGGCAAUGGAAUUGCUAGGCCAGGCAUGAUGGGUCAGGCUGGGCAGCUUCCCAUGCUUUCCAACCAGGCUGCGGCACAUUUCAAUAUUCAAUCACAAAUGCUGGCUCAGCCAAGGCAAAAGGCAGGUUUGAUGCAAAGUGCACAGUUUCAAAAUGCAAAUUCAUCAGGUCAGGCACUGCAAGGCAUGCAGGCUAUGGGGUUGAUAAGUUCCCUUGGUUUAAAUUCACAGCUUAGAGCAAACGGACCACUUUCGUAUGGGCAACAGCGUUUAACUGCUGGCCAGAUGAGGCAGCAGCUCUCACAACAGGCUGCUCUCACCUCACCUCAGAAGCUUGCUGGUCAAAACUUACAAAGAACAUCGUCUCUUGCAUCAAUGAACUCCCAACUCUCUGGGGUAACUCAGAACGGGCAGUCAACCAUGAUGCCAGGCACUAUUUCACAACAACAGUGGUUAAAGCAAAUGCAAUCAGGGGCACCCUCUGCAGUGUCGCCUUCAUAUCAUAUUCAACCACAGCAGCAGAGCCAGUUGCCUCAGCAACUUUCCUCUCAGCUUCAUCAAAAAUCCUUGAGCCUGAAUCAACAGCAAAUUUCUCAACUGGUACAGCAGCAAGCACAGCUUCGUACUCCACAUCAACAUCAGGCACAGUUGCUUCAACAACAGCAACAGCUGCAACAACUUCAGCAACUUCACCAGCAGCAGCAAUCUCCAAGGAUGUCAGGCUUGACAGUUUCAAAAUCUUUGACAGGAUUGCAGCCAGAUACAGCUAGUUCUGGCACCAUCAUGACUGGUGGAAGUUCCAGCCAAGGGACAGAAGCAAGCAGCCAAAUUCUUGGGAAGAGAAAAUUACAAGAUUUGGUUUCACAGGUUGAUGCAUUGGGUAAGUUGGAUCCUGAAGUAGAAGAUCUUCUGUUGGAGAUAGCGGAUGAUUUCAUUGAUUCGGUUACAAUGUUUGCUUGCAGCCUUGCAAAACAUCGAAAAUCCUCAACAUUAGAGCCCAAGGAUCUGUUACUUCAUUUAGAGAAAAACUGGCAUUUAACGAUUCCAGGGUUUACAAGAGAAGAGCAGAAGAACCAAAAACAUCUGGUCUCCGCUGAUGUUCACAAUAAACGACUAGAAGUGGUUAGAGCAUUGAUGGAGUCUCAACAAAUGCAAAGAGAGACUGUGACUGGCAAAGGAACAUCUAAACAAGCUGCAAGCAAUUCAGCUAUUGACUGGAAAAUUAAAUCUUCGCCCAGUUCGGAGCAGCUAACUCUUCCUGCAGCUGGUCCUCAAGUUUUGCAGAAAAUACCACGAUAUUAACUUUCUUUUUUCUGGCUCUUUCUCUGUUCACAGCAGUAUGCGUUGCUGCCGUAGAAAACUGACAUUGUGCUAUCCUCUAGAGCAAAACAUUUUUUUGAUCCACCAACUCCACCUGAAGAUUUUUCUGCUCAGAGAUCACAAAAAUGGGAGAGAAGAGUUCCUGCAUUAGCAGUCAAUUCAUUUAACUGGAAUAGAGGAUUAUCUUCUUCUGUAUAUAUCGCUGGCCUGGAAAUAUUUGUAACAUAACUUAAACCAAUUUUAGUUGCAUUUUUUGGUCCUCUUUUGUAGCACAGUUAUUUGUCAAAAUAGUUCUCAGUUAAACUGGAUUCCUGGAUCUUUAUUUUGUAUGUUAUAAUUAUGAAAGUAGCUCAUGUGAGUCAUCAUAAACCUA